GCACAGAGGCUGCUGGCGCACAGGAGACCGCAGAAAUCCUUCUUUGAGACGCUCAUCAGGAGCCUGAUCAUCUUGUGCGUGGCUAUAGCGGUGGUCUUGUCUUCCAUCUCCGUCUGCGAUGGCCGCUGGCUCUUCGCGAGGGGACAGCUCUUCGGACUGUGGCACUUUUGCACCGUUAGCAACAGCAGCGUCCUGAAGUGCGUCACUGACCUCAGCCUGGCCAGGGUGGAGGGGCUGAGCGUGGGGGUGAUCCCCAUAAGAAGCAUGGUGUCCUUUGCCGUUGUGGUUGCCAUAUUUGGCCUGGAGCUCUUGAUGGUCUCCCAAGUCUGCGAGGACACCAAUGCAAGACGGAAGUGGUCAAUGGGCUCGGUUCUCAUCCUGGGCUCAUUUUUGCUGUCGGCCACUGGGGUUCUGAGCUUCUCUAUCCUCGUGAAGGACCACCUCACCUUCACGGGCUUCACGCUGACGUAUUGGUGCGAGUUCAUCGCUUCCUUUCUCUUCUUCCUUAAUGGGAUCAGCGGACUUCACAUCAACAGCCUCACGCAGCCCAGGAGCAGGGUAGGCAAAAUCUAG